CCCACACCAGGAAAUGAUUCUACUGUAAAAAGUCCACCCAACUCCCACAUUCAAGUUUAACACACACACACACACACACACUCACACUCACACUCACACUUCCCUUUUUCUUUCCUCGUCAACCAGAAACAGUUAAAUUGCACUCGCCAUCAUCCCAACUGCAAUAAACCACUCUCUCAACUCCAAACACCCUCAUCUCUUCCUUUCCUUUCAACUCACACUCACAACAACAAUUGUGUGUGAGAGAGAGAGUGUGUGUAUGUGUGUGAUUCAGGAUGCAAGAUCCCAAGUCCACCCAAAUCUCCGCCGCAAAUGCAAUGCACCGCCGCGCCCACUCCGAGGUCAACUUUCGCCUCCCCGACGACCUAGAUCUGGCCUCCGAAAGUUUCGAGGAUAUGGGAUCCGAAGACGAUCCCUUCUCCACCUACAUCGACAUCGAGAAGCUCAGCGCCGCACCUGGAUCUGCCCCUCCCGACGAAGACGCAGACAAAACCAGACCUCGCCAUCGCCACAGCAAUUCCGUCGACAGCUCCAGCUUCUUCUUCAAUGACAACACCAUCGAAGCUAAGAAGGCUAUGCCGCCGGAUAAGCUCGCUGAGCUCUGGACUAUUGAUCCCAAGCGCGCCAAAAGGAUUCUGGCAAAUCGGCAGUCUGCUGCUCGGUCGAAGGAAAGGAAGGCCCGGUAUAUAUCUGAACUCGAGAGAAAAGUUCAGACCCUCCAAACUGAAGCAACUACUCUCUCCGCGCAACUGACUCUGUUCCAGAGAGACACAACUGGACUCAGUAACGAGAAUACAGAGCUUAAGCUUCAGUUGCAAGCCAUGGAACAGCAAGCUCAACUACGUGAUGCACUCAAUGAAGCACUGAGGCAGGAAGUAGAAAGACUUAGAGUAGCAACUGGAGAAAUGUCAACCACAUCUGAUACGUUCAAUUUAACCACGCAGCAUUUUCCCUACAACCAAACCACAUUCUUUUCUAACCAGCCUCAAGCUGGCUCAAAUGAAUCCUUGAACGUGCAAAUGCAGCAGUUUCAUACUCUUCAAGCUGGCAUGUCAAAUCACCAGCAGCAUCCCAUGCUUUCUGACUCAAUGCACCAAGACCCUCUUGGGCGUUUUCCAGGUCUUGAUAUCAGCAACGGGGGCACUCAUGUGAAGGCCGAAGGGCCAUCUAUAUCCGCCAGUGAAAGCAGCAGUACAUUCUGAUUUCAGGUUUUUUUUUUUUUUCACACCAAGGUCCAGAAAUCUGUUUGUUUACUUGUUCAUAGACUGACACCGCGAUUAACAUCCAUAAUCAUCAGCAGUCCACAUUUUUUCAUCAUUCUUUCUUUCUUUCGAAUUAACAUGUUGUUUUAAUCAGCAGUCCGAAGGGCCCUUAGUGUUGUAGGUUUGUCAUUUUUCUUUGCGUUGGGAGCCGGUUAAGUGUUCAUAUCACUUCAUUUCGUCUCCGUUUUGAUGUAUUCGUUUAAACUGAGAAAUCAUAGCUUGUGAUGUGGCUGGAUAUCUGACCACGAAGGUGGUAAUGCUUCACCUUCGUGGAGCUUUGUGUGACUCAGUUUGCUAAUGUUGUCUGUGGAUUAUAAGGAACUUGCACAUCAGUUUGUGUUUACUAAUAGAUUUUUAUGCUGCGCUCCUCACUCAUCUUAA